UGGAUAAUAUACUUAUAGAAAGUAACUAUUUGUAAAUAAAGUUUUUUUUAUGGAGUUGAAAAUAGUUACUUUCUAGGUUUAGUUCAAUGAAAAAUAAAGCACAAACCUAAACAAAAGAAGCAUACACACAUAAGUCCACUUUAAACAAACUUUAAGCCCAUAUCCAAAAAUAAAAUAAUCUGAUUGGUUGAUUAUUUUUGAUGAUGUGGAUAGCCUAAUUGCUCACUAUAUUGUGCUUUUAGUAUUGUGAUCAGCUUUAGUUUGCUACACACAUUUACAGUAAGGUUUUUUCACCAGUCUGCAUUUUAUCAAGUCUAUUAAAAAAUCAAAUAAAAUGGCCGCCCGUUUGAUAAUAAUCUCACUUUGUUCCACUCGUUUGGUCGCAAGAUUGAUACUCACUGAUUAUGUACCGCGUGUCUAGUCUUGUCCACGGUCUCUUGGAGCGUAAAGAGCUAAACCCAUGUUCGGUCAUUUUCUAUCACUCUCCGCUCAACGCGCUUUCAUCGCUUCUCUCUCUCUCUAAACGCUGUCCUUAUUUAAAUAUUAUUCGGCCCCAUUCUCAUUUCUUACCUCUCUCUCUCUCUCUCUCUCUCUCUCUCUCUAUCUAUCUAUAAUCUAUUAUUGUACUUUCUCCUUCUAGAAGAAACUCUCUGCACUCUCCAUACUAUCUUCUCCUUCUCUUUGUUUUCCACCUUUUGUGCUUUAGUUAUGGUGACUUCGGAGGGGCUAGCAAGCGUCGAACCUUGGUUGUAUCGACAAGGUUUCAACGUGGAUUCAUGGUUGCUUCCUGAUACCUUCUCUCACGACAACGAUUUGCUCGCCAAAGCUCUCCAUAACACCGUCUCAGCACCACCACCACAUACUCUCCCUCCCUCCCUUUUCUUCGAUUCCUAUAUCCCUUCCUCUAAUGUCUCUGGUGGAUCCAGUCAAGAAGUCGUCGCCGGAGGAGCUAAAAGGAAGCAUAACUGCAUUCUCACCGAAGGUAAAGCCACGAAGCGCCGCCGCUCUCGCCCGUCCAAGAAACCUCAGACCACGUUCAUAACCGCGGAUCCGUCCAACUUCCGCCAGAUGGUUCAGCAGGUGACCGGCGCCAAGUGCAUCAACAACGAUGCUUCUUCCUCGGUGCUUUUCACUCCCAUCGUCAAGCCGGAGCCGCAUAGGCUCGUUAACAUACUCUCUGGUGCGGUUCCAACGCUAGACACAUCAGCAUUUCUAACUAACCAUCACCAGGAGAGUCUCGUUGUAGGAAAUAUCUUUUCCGGUAGCGACAACACCGUGGGAUUACCCUCGGUGAAAGCCAAUGCAACGGUGAACGAGAGUGGUUCAGCCGCGGAGUUUGAUCCUUACCCAACGUUUCCGACGCUUGAGUCGUGGAAAGUUAUGUGAUUCCUUCUAAGUUUUUUUUUUGUAAAUUUUUUAACUCUUUUUUUAACUACUAUGCAUCUCAUUAUGAAGGAUAUUGUUCAUAGAUUUUGGUACUUAAUCAGUUGACUUUUUAAGUAAUAUAAGCGGAUUAGUAA